AAUCAACUACCUCUCAUUCAUCUCCUCCAACCAGAACCACCGUGAUGCCGCCGGGGAUACCGCCGGCGCCUCCGCCACCGCCGCAAACUUAAAUUCUCCACUCAUCUCACAUGUCUCCAGCUGUUUCUCGACAAUGUCAGCCCCCAAUUCCGCGAAGCAAGCCAAGGCACGUGACCUAAAGCACCGCGUGCUCACGUGCCUUCACAAGCUCUCUGAUCGGGAUACGCACUCUGCCGCGGCGUCGGAGCUCGAAUCGAUCGCCCGAAAUCUCACCGCCGACGCGCUCCCCUCCUUCAUCUCCUCCGUCACCGCCACCGACGCCUCCGACAAGUCGCUCGUCCGCCGCCAGUGUCUCAGGAUGGUCUCGAUCCUCUCCGAGCACCACGGAAACUCUCUCUCUCCGUACCUCUCGAAAAUCCUCUCCGCCGUCGUCCGCCGCCUCCGCGACACCGACUCCUCGGUCCGCGCAGCCUGCGUCGCCGCGUCUCUAUCCCUCUCGUCUCACGUCACUUCCCCUCCGUUCGCGUCCAUGAUCAAGCCGUUCGUUGAAUCGUUGUUCACGGAGCAGGAUUCCAAUGCUCAGACCGGCGCCGCGUUGUGUUUUGCGGCGGUGAUCGAAGGAUCGAGGAAUCCGGACGCCGCGAGCUUGAGGAGGCUGCUCCCGAGGAUCGAGAAGCUGGCAAAGAGCGACAGUUUCAAGGCGAAGCCGGCGCUUUUGGCGCUGGUGGGGAGUUUGGUGGCGGUGGAGGGAGUGCUGCGUGGUGGCGGGAGGAAUGUGGUUCGGAAUUCGCUUAAUUUGUUGGUGGAUUUCCUAAGUAGUGAUGACUGGGCCGCGAGGAAGGCGGCUGCGGAGGCGUUGGUGAAGAUCGCAGCCGUGGAGAAGGAAUCACUUUCUGAGUAUAAGGCGUCGUGCUUGCAGACUUUUGAGGCUAAGAGAUUUGAUAAGGUGAAAGCAGCAAGGGAGACGAUGAAUCAGAUGAUUGAAGCUUGGAAGGAAAUUCCAGAUUUACCCGAGGAGUUCGCGCCGCUACCAGAAUCCAAGGCGUCGUCUAAACAAAAAGCCAGUGAUGGCUGUUACCCUCCUGUCUCCAAGACUUCCUGCUCUGUUGGGUCUAACACUCUAUUACCAAGGAGAAGGAUGCCCUAUGCUGAUGGUUCUCCAGCUUUGACUGUGCGGAAAAGAAGUCCUCUUGGUUCAAAUGCAAAUAAAACAGGCCCGGCAAUGUUCCAGAAGUUAGAUCGGAAGAAGCCCUCUGACAUGAAAGUUGAAAUUGUCACUCCUGCUGCUUGUUACGGUGUGGAACUAUCCGACGGUAAAGGUGAACAUGCUAUGGAAGCCAGUGAUGGAGAGAUGAAAGCAUUUGAAAAGUCAGGAAUUAAACGUGCCCUUUUCAAGGAGAACAAUGGGAAGCAUAAGCUUGGGCUCUUUAGAGGUGGCUCGCGUGUUGUUCCAUGUUGUGACACCAGCGUUGUUGUUAGUAAUGAAACAGGAGAUAUCUGUAGGAACCAGAGAGAGUGUGAUGACUUAUCUUUGAUAUGUAACCAACUUCUUCAGAUUGAAAGUCAGCAAUCCAAUUUGAUGGACAUGCUUCAGAAAUUUAUCGGAAGCUCACAGAAGGGAAUGGAUUCCCUUGAGGCGCGUGUACAUGGUCUAGAGCUUGCUCUGGAUGAAAUUUCGUUCGAUCUAGCUGUCUCAACUGGAAGGAUGUCUACUUCAGGAGCUAUGUGCUGCAAGCUACCUGGUACUGACUUCUUGAGCUCAAAGCUGUGGAGAAAAGCGGGAUCUCGUUUUUUUACUCCUCGAUUACCUUCCGCUUCUAGUGGAAACCCAUCAUUGUUUGGAAAUGGUGAAGGGUUUCUCCAAGGUCGCCAUGCGCUGGUCAUGAACCCACUGGCCAAAAUUCCUUGUGGCUCCCCAGGUUUUCCUGAAGUUUCCUCAAGUAGAGCUGUAUAUAAUAGUACUACUUGAUGCGUGACAUCCAUAUGCCCGGGCUACUCGAGUGCAGGCACCCAAAUAGAGAUUAAGCUGCUCCAUACAAAUGAAUUAGCAUAAUAUAGCUCAUUUUGAAUUAGCCUAAGCUGCUCCAUACUCUUGAUACCCACGUGUGUAUACAAUUUCCUCAGUAAAACAAGGAUGAACAGCCUCCUCGUCUCUGGACGAGUAUACGAGCUCCCAGAGUCGCAGAAGAACAAAGACUUGCCAGCAGGUGCAGUAGAUGUGUCCAUUAUCAAAUGGACUGAAUCAUGAAGUAUAGAUGCAUAAUAUGCUCGAGAAAUGAAAAGCUUGUGCUUCAACAUUUUUCUUUAUGGUAGUGAGAAAAUGUUGUCAUUCUUUAUUGACUCAGAAUGAUGGCGAAUUGAAUGAUUUGAUGAGGGUAGACCGCUUUGUAAUGUCUCUUUUUUAUGCCUAAGAAAUAAGGACCACUUCCUAAGAUA